AUGUCUCGGAUGAUGCCGGAAGCUGUUGCGUGGACGACAAAUGGUGAUGCCAAGCUAGCAUUGGACCAUGUACAAGCUGAAAGUGUUCACGACCAUGGACAUGCGAAUUGGGAGCCGUAUGAUUUCAAUGGAGGGACUGUACUUGCUAUUGCGGGGGAAGAUUUUGUCGUCGUGGCAGGAGAUACGCGUUUAAGUACCGGUUAUUCGGUAUUAAGCCGUAAGGAGAGUAAAUUGCAUGAAUUGACAUCGACGACGGUACUUGGCUGUCCUGGCUCGCACAAUGACAUUAUUCAGCUUCGUGGGGUGCUGAGUAUUCGUGCUCAAAUGUAUCAACAUGACAAUGAAACGUCCAUGAGCUCGAGUGCCAUGGCCCAAUUGCUUAUGAAUACGCUGUAUUCUCGACGUUUCUUUCCCUAUUACGCGUUCUGUAUCCUUUGUGGUAUAGACGAAGAAGGGAAAGGGGCCGUGUAUACGUACGAUGCCAUUGGAUCGUACGAUCGUGUGUCACGUGCAGCCCAAGGAUCGGGAGGUCAUUUGAUGAUCCCAUUGCUGGAUAAUUUGGUCGAGCAUGACACACGUUUGGAUCCAAAGAAAACGUUGACGUUGCAAGAGACAAAGGACAUUAUCAAGGACGCAUUCAUUACGGCUGGAGAAAGAGAUAUUUACACGGGUGACAGUGUGGAGAUCUUGACGAUCAAGGCUUCGGGUAUUGACAGGGAGAUGUUUGGACUCAAGAAGGACUAA